AUGGCUGUUAUCUGGGGUCCAGAAAGUAUAAUCGUCAUCAUGGUAGGCUUCUUCCUCCGAAUCUUCCCCACUGUACGGAAGAAACUCCAUGACGGGUUCUGUGCGUCGUGGCGGGAGUCUGAGACUGGAAACGAAACACAUGAUAUAGUCGUAAAGGGGUCCAAUACCGAUGAAAAAGUUGCCCGAUUUGCAAUAGUGUAA